AGCGCGCAUUUUUUCGCAGGAACUAAACUCUACUAAUGGUCAAAUUUUUUUAACCAAAAUUAUAAAACUACUAAAAGGCAUAUGGAGGCUAUAUUUUUACUUAUAGUGGACAAUAUCUACGCAACUUUAGUUGCCAAUUAUAGCGGGCUAUGCUCAUUGACAGAUUAUCCAGAUAUAUUCAAUGUACAUGUUACAGAGGAAAGAAAAAAAUUCUUUCAACUGGAUCUUCAUAACGAGAAUAAUUCAAUAAUAUCUUAUAUCCAAGGGGGUGAUGGAUCUCCAAGUACAGAUUCAGUAAAUGACACGGUUAACAAAAAGUUGUGGAUAUUUGAAACUAAUGAUUUGUUGAACAUAAUAGAGUUAAAAAAUUUACGUCGAACACUAAAAGUUGAAGCUAACGUUGAGUUUCAAUUGAAUAGUAUUGGUUCAUGGAUUGAAAUAUGUUUGUUGCCGUUAUACAACAGGCCUUACAAUUGUUUGGAAUUUACUAACGCAAAUAUUACAAUUAAUGUUACCAAUAACUUGGUAUCGGUACAAAUGAAACAAUUGGGCAAUACAGGUUCAGGAGAAUAUUUAAAUUAUAUCUUAUAUAGUUUAUCUUGGAGUUUACCCAAAAACAAUUUUUAUCAAUACAGUUUUGUAGGUGGAAUUAUCAAGGUAUCUUGCAUUAUUACAAUUUGCAAUUAA